AUGUCUCGGGUACACGCUCAGGAAGCAAGCUCUUUCAAUGUGCCGUGCACCUCACCUGACAGCACCUUGGCAGUCGUUUCGGUCCGUUUACCUCUCGUGCGCAAUCCAACCCCUUCUGAGGCUGCAGUGUCUUCGGUGCACAAGAAAACGAGUGAAUCCUCGACAAAUCCUACUUCACAUCUAUUCUCACAUGAGCUCCUAUGUAUUUCGACGUCAACGCAUUCAUUCCCAAGUGCUUGGGCAUGCGACCAGUCUGGGGAUUUCUCUCUGCCUUCAAUAACAUAUGCGUCCCCGGUCUCGUCCAACGAGCUUGACCUUUCUGAUAAUCUCUGUCAAGACUAUGCACAAGUAAUCUGCAAUGGGGUAUUUCCAGCACCCCCUCCCUGUGCUGUUACUGGGUACUUCCAGCCUUCACUUGGAACUCGGCUAUUCUCCGUGCCAGAAGAAAGCGCGGAACUUGAGACUCUUUCCGACUCCGAUGCACUCUCAAAUAGCCCUUCAUUGUCUGGUGGACCCUCUAGAGCUCAAAUGAAAUCUUGGUUUCGUGAUUUGAAUGGGACUCUGUCAGUCUAUAAUGACUCGUGCAUGGAAUUUGAGGUGGUCCAAGAUAGUGAAGACGAACACGAGGAUCCGUUUCUUUUUGAUCAACUCGUGUGUACUCCGCACCCAUCGACAACCGAAAUAGUUUCCCAGGAUCUCUUCGUUGGGACGCCAACUUUCCGCCUAUCUCAUCAAAUAAGCUUUGCACCCCUCGCAUCUUCGAACCACACGGACCAGAGGCGUUUCAGCAUCACUCGUAAGCAGACCACUCAUGGGAUCGUGUUUACCCAGCGGAUCGGCGUAGAGGAGGGCAACAAAUGGACCCUUCGCGUUCCUGCGACGGGUUUGCCUCAUGAUAUGGUCGCAUUAUUGCAAGAACUGGAGGCACUCGCUAUUGAUCUUCAGCCUCAGCCUGUCGAACCUGACCAAGAUCUUCCUACGAUUGUUAUCACUCAAUCUGCCCAAUCUAUAUCUCCAAUCUCGAAACCAACACGGGUGAUCGACGAGACGAAGGCGAUUACCCAGUCCGCUAAAGCCCAACAUCCCCCCUCCGAUUCUGGACAAGGGGAGGAAGUGCCGAUUUCUGCUCUUUUGAAGGGAAAAUCGCGUGCCAUUGACCCUGUGGAUCACGCUGAGGCGACUUUGGACUCAACCGGGUCAACGAUGGCAUCACCUUCGAACUUGCCUUGUCCACCUUCUGAUUCGAACUUCACCUGCAUCUACCUACCUGAUCUUGCUCCUGAGUUUCUCUCCGGCAGCUCGACAUCCCCUAUUCUUGAGCCCGCUUACGGAUUCCACAGCAGACCAGCUUCAAUUCAUACAUCCCCUACCCCACGCCGACCUCACGUCUUUUCUAAGAUCAAGACACCAAACCUUUCGUUCAAUUCGAGCAACAGAAAAUCUCCUGUUGCACAUGUGCGAAGCCCCAUAGCAAAUAGGUCCAGCAUAGCAAAGUCUGCAUUGCCUACUCAACCACAACGACACAAUCUAUCUCAAACAGAAUUUGCCACAGCCAGGCAUACAGCGAGUCAUCUCGCAUCUAAUUCCUGCGCCACAAACGCCCGCGGCGCCUCUAAAGCGAGAGAGCAAACGUCUAAUGAUAUCAAUCGUCCGCUCAUCACAAACCAAUCAAAUACGCAUGCUCCUGCUACCUCGUCCCUGCGAUAUGACGUUCAAAUGAGGAGCUCUGCUCCUCCACCUUCUACAUCGGUUUCGCCCUCUCGUCUUCCGCAGCUCAAAACGCGAGGGUUUCUUGGAGGGUUCGGCUUCAAAGCCAAAACCCCGCUAGCUGCUAGUAAUGCUCCUACAAUGCCUCAAACUAUACAUGCGGCCGAGUCCGGAGUCAAAUCUUUCUUCGGAGGCAGAUGGCAACAGUCUCAACAUGACUCGUCUAAGCAAUCAUCAGUCUUUUCUCAAAGCCCCGGUCGGACUUCUGGGACGCGACACACGACUCAGCCGGGACAUGCACUGGUGGUCAUGCCUUCACCUCCGCGCACACUCACCACUGGAGAGCCUCGUAAGAUGCCUCGGUUGCCUUCUGCGAGGAACUUGCUGAAGAAAUUAAAGUAA